AUGAAAAAGCUGGGUGUUAAUAAUGCUGGUGAGAAUAAGGGGAAUAGCAUACAAAAUAAAGAUGGGACUAAUAAAAAGACGAUAGAAGUGAACAAGAAUAUGAGGAGGCUGACAUUUUUGAAUAACGAAAGUAAUGAUAGUAUAGAGGGUAAUAAAAAUAAAUAUGAUAAGAAUAAAGUAAAAGAAAUUAAUGAUGUUUUUAAGAAUUGUAUGGUUGCAUUAUCUCAUAAUAAGAUAUGUACUCGAAAUGCUUUUGAUAUACAUAUUAUUGAGCAUUUAGAAGAUUUAAUAAAUUUAAAUGAUGAAGAAAUUCCUGAAGAAUUAAACGAUGAGAUGAUAGAAAAUGGAGAAUUCAAUUUAUCAUUUACUCGUGCAUCGAAAGCUAUUGAAGGUGCUACCAAAGUAUAUGGUUAUAGAGUUGAAGCUAUAUAUGAUCAAACAUAUAAUUUUUUAACAAACAUGAAUUUGGCUAAACAAUUUGAAUUAGAUAAUGAUAUGAUGGAUGAUAAUAAGAAUACAAUCGAUCCUUUAAAUAAAAGAAUGCGAAAAAGAAAAUUAACAUAUUUGCAAGAAUCAUCCACACUAGCUAAAUCUUCUGAUAUUACUGUUGAUUCGUUGUCCUUGUCUAAUAUAUCCGUUGAUACUUUUUUUUUAAAAUUAAAUAGUACAUAUGACCAUUCAUGUGGUCAGAAAUAUUUAUUACCUAAUUUAAAUUUAAAUAAUGAUUUGUCUAUACAAUUUGAUGGUGAUAUUGAUGUGUGUGAAUAUAAGAAGAGAAGGAAAACGUUGGACGAUAUAGGAAAGGAUGGUGUUAAGGAUAAAGAAGAUGGAAUUCAUAUUAUUAUGAAGAAUAAAAAUGAUGAUAAUUGUGAUACAUAUGAUAAGAUCAUAUGUAAUAAUAAUGACAUUAACAAAGUUGAUGAGAAAAAAAAUAAUGAUGUGGACAUUUGUGAAAAUCGAAAUAAGAAAAAUGAAUCAUGCAAUAUAUAUGUUGAUACCUUUAAUGUGAAUGAGCAUAAAGAAUUUUUUGAUAUAUAUAAGAAGAAAUUAUUUUUGAAUGCUGAUAUCCUAAAAGAAAUAUUAUAUGGUGGUCCUGAUGAUUUCAAUAGCUUACAUAUAUGUCCAGAGUUAGAUUAUUUUAAAGAAGAAUUAAAAAAGCAUAAAUUAAAAAGAACCGAUUCUAAAGAUACAGAUGAUGUCGAUAAAGAAGAUGGUGAUGGUAAUUUAUAUAAUGAUGAUGAUAUUGGUAAUACAGAUAAGAAUAAUAUUAUUAAUUUUUAUGAUGAAAAUUUAGGAUGUAAUAUGAGUAAUAAUAUGCUAAUGGAAAGUAUUUAUAAUAGUGAUGCUUUAAAUACAGAUCGUAAAAAUAUAUUUCCAGAAAAUCUUGGUAUGUCAUGUGGUAAUUUGAAUGAAGAGAAAAAAAACAAUAAUAUGAAUAGUAGUAAUAAUAAUUUAAAUAAUUGUAAUUAUGAUAAUAAUGAUUUAUAUUUAGGAGACUAUCGAAUGGAUGAUUUAAAUAUUGAGAAUGUUAUGCAAGAAUCUUUAGGUUUUGAUAAUCUGAAUUAUUCAUGUGAUAAGAAUAUGAAUUUUUCUAAUAAUAAUGGUAUGUUACUUCAACAAAGUAUUAACAUGAUGGAUGGUAUGAAUUUUCCGGAAUUAAUAAAAAGUGAAAAUAAGGAAUUAGAUUUAGGAAAUACACAAAUAAAUAAUGAACAUUAUUUAUUAAAAAAUAAUUAUGAUAUACAUAAAAGACAUAGUAUUAUAUCUGAAGUACCAGAUGAUGAUACAUUAUGGAAUCGUAGUGUAAUGACAUUUGAAAAUAGAAUAAAUGCUAUAGAUAUAAAUAAUGAAUUAAAUUAUCAUUAUUAUAUGCCUAAUAAAUUAAUGAUGAUGGGAAAUUUCAGAAAUUUAAUAGAUAUUAAUAAGAAUGUUACAAAUAAUAUUAAUAAUAAUAAUAAAUCAACUAUAUUACAAAAUAUAAUAAUGCAAAAGAAAAUGAAAUAUGCUUUUGAUGUUACUAGUAUAGAUUUCGAAAACUUAUAUACUGAAAAUAAUAAUAUAGAAUUAUCGACCUACGAUUUAUGGAAGAAAGAAAAAAAAAAAUAUGUUUCGAAUGCAUUAUUUUGUAUUGAUCAGACAUCAUAUAUUUUUGAUACACGUGAAAAUUGUGUUAAUUGUGUAAAUACUGUAACAGAUAAGGUUAUGAAGUUUUCAAAAUUUUGUGUUUAUCCUGAUUUCUUGCAUGCAUGUAAUAAGAAUAGGAAUAAACAUAAUAAUAAUAAUAUUAAUAAGAACCACAUGAAUGUUAUAUUGAACGAAGUAAAUAAUGAUAAUAUCUUGAAUGAUAUAGAUCCCAUAAAUCAAGAUGAUUUUAAUAAUAAUAUUGAUAAUUUCGAUAUGGAAAAUAUGGAUGACAUGAAUGACGGUCAUUUACAUGAAGGUUUAAAUGAGGCCAUAGAUAAAUAUUAUAAUAUGGAUUUCGAUAAUAUAUGGGCAAACAAUGAUAAUAAAAAUAAUGACAAUAUAAAUAACAAUAAUAAUUUAAAUAAUAGUACAUAUAAUAAUAUGAAUAGUCAUAAUAAUAAUAAUAACAAUAAUAAUAACAAUUUAAGUUUGUUUAAAAAACAUAGUAAUUUCUUCAAUACAGCUUUAUUUCAAUUUAAUCAUUCUAAUACAUUUGGUAAUGUACCUUUUGAAAAUGUCUCCAAAUUUGUUGAUGUAGCGAAGAUUAAAAAGAUUUUAUGUGAUAUUGUUAAACCGAAUGAAGAACAAAAGAGCAACACAAAUGACUCAUUAUGUGAAUAUCAAACCGAAAAGGAUAACCAAAUUGUCACUUAUACGGCAGAGAAAACGACGACCUUCGAAGAAAUCGUCAAGGAGACCACUGCAAAAUUGAAUGAAUCGGAGGCUAGCAGCACUUCAAUCCAUAUGCUAUUCGUAUGUCUUUUAUAUACCUGUAACGACCAAGAACUAUUAUUAGAAAAAAUACCGAACCAAAACAAUUUUUACGUUCGAUAUGGUUUACCUGUGGAAUGCCAUGUAAAUCAUGAUGACAUACCAAUGUUAAAAAAUUGA